AGCCCUCUGCUUCAUAACAGCAACUGACAGACACUGCUAGUGCCAGCAAACUGCUGACUGCAGCCUGGGAUCCAGCACAGAUUCUGGGGCACCUUGCCUUUCCCCCUGAACACAGAGGAAAGCACCAGCAAUACUGCAGGGACAGAUGCCAACCGCACACUCCUAACAAGAUGCGCAGGUCUAGCUCUGAAGGCUCCGUUCUCCAUUGCGAGUUCCUGCCCUGGUAUAAGACUGCCUUCCGGAAGCCUGGUACCUGUCCCAAGAGAGAAGAGCAAGCCAGCCUAGGAGACGAGCCACAGGACAACACUGACAGCACUGGGCUUAUAAACUUGGAGAGUGGGCCUUCCAUUACAAAGACAAAACCGAAUUGCUAUGAAACGGAACCUUCAUGCGCGGGGGAGGAGCCUGUGGCUCAGGGGGCGGGGCUACCCUAUUUUGGGACAGUGCCUGAAGUCCGCAUUGAAAAGGAGUUUAGUUUGAGCUCUGACGCUUUGCCCUGCCUGGGAUUACAAGCGGAAGGGCAAAGCAGUGAAAGUUUGAUGGCUGCAGAUUGUUUUCUGGGAGUAGCAGGAUUGUCUGGGGUGUCCCGGGCAUACAGCGACAGCGAGCUAGCCCGUGACGGAGCUGCUGAAGGCUUGACAGGCAGUCAGACAAGCAGCAGUGACAGUGGCUGGAGCCUCCCAACUCCUGAGACACUGAGGAGGGAAAGCCCUCAAGGGAAGCUGGCUGCAGCCAAAGUGCAUCUUCAGAUCCUUUUCAGGCCUCCCAGGCGGAACACUUCCAGUAUGGAGCCUGACCUAGAUAACGCUGAUGAGCACAGCCGACAGAAUCGGAAAAGACGGCUGGCCAUUCUGAAGCGUUGGAGUGAGGCUGGCAGCACAGGGACCUCCAGCAACCUCAGAACACUCAGACCAAGUUCAGAGGAAGUGAAGAAAUGGUCUGAAUCACUGGACAAUCUUCUUGAUCAUCGCUAUGGUCUGGCUGCAUUCAGAGCCUUCCUGCGCUCGGAGUUUAGUGAAGAGAAUCUAGAGUUCUGGCUGGCUUGUGAAGACUACAAGAAGACAUGGACCAGCUUUAACCUGCAGCGCAAGGCUAAGAAGAUCUUCAACCAAUACAUUAAAACACAGGCCCCAAGAGAGGUGAACUUGGAUUCAAAGACGAGAGAGAUUACCUCCCAGCUGGUCCUCAAUCCCACGCGCUCGUGCUUCGACCAGGCUGAGAAACGAGUCUACGGGCUAAUGGAGAAAGAUUCUUAUCCCCGCUUCCUUCGUUCGGAGCUCUACCAAGAACUGCUCGAACCACAGCAGUCCAACGGCAACCUGUAGACCAGCACAGUCCAAACAUGUUUCAUCCUGCGUCUAAACGUGAAGCCUUAUCAUGGGCUUUCCUUCUAAACGAUCUAACAGAAACAUGUUCAUAGUCUCAAUAGGACCUUGAACCUGAACUGGCUUGAAAAAUAAAGCUACUGGGAAAUAUCCAUAGCACUUCAUAGAGCCCUGUAAUGCUUUUCUGCAUUGUGGCUAGGCAAUGUGGAUUUAACAUAAUGCAAGGGGCAGUGAUGCGUGAUAGACUGCCGUUACGGAUUCUGGCCCCCGUCGGUAAGAUGAGGUCAGGAACGCUUUAACCAUGCGUGCAGGUGAGAACGUCUCUUUUACAUAGCGGUUAAGGUGCUCACCUGUGGUGGGCGUGGUCGCUGGUCCGCACCCAGAGCGUAUACUGUAUAUAUUAAAAUGUCUUUGCUGAGAUACAGUCAGCUACUUUCUUUUAGUAAAUGAAAUAUAUUUUUGGUUGGUUUCACAUACCCUGACUAGCAUCUUGGUUUACAUGAUGUUACUUUAGAUAAGAUGAAACCAACUGUCUGUUUUACAGUGCUUUUUGUUCUUGUUGUUGUUGGUGAUGAUGUGUAUUUAUUUUGUAUUGCUCCUCAAGAACUCCCUGGUAAUCAAUACAGCUCCGUCCUAAGGUUAUCUCUUUACAAGAAACGCAUUAAUUUGCCUUUGCAGUUUUCAUGUUAUCCUGAUCAAUAUAAUCACAAAGACUUCUCUCUUAUCAUAUCCUGUGCAUCACUGAUAAUGCCCCCUCGUGCAACAAUGCUCUUGAUUGAAAAGUCUACUGUAGGAACAGUAAAAACAGCAGUGUUGUUGCAGGAGGGAGCACAAUCUGGUUACACUACGAUGUUCAUAAGACUAAUUGUCUUUGUCCUGGUGAACCCACGCAAGAAAUUGUUUAUUUUAUGACCCCUGAAUAAUGUUGAAUAACAUUUUGAUGCUUAACAGUCAGCAAGGAAUAAAGGGAAAGUAAUGUGACCACAGCAAGGUGUUCUGUAACCUUUUAAGUAAUGACGAGCCAUAUUUUCAAAGCAGUUACUCCAGUCUUUAAGGUGAAAAUUCAACAGAAUCUCCAAACACCUGGAGAAUGCUUAAGAUGCAUCCAAUUACAUUAAUUAUUAUAGUUAUUGAAAUAUAUGAUAGUAGUUUUGUAGUCAGUAGAUUUUUAAGUCCAUUAAAGAGUGGAAUAAACGCUUUGAAAAUAUAGCCCGAUAUUACUUGUUAUUUACUCCACAGUGCAGACCCUCCCUCUUACAUCUUGAUAUUCCUUCACUCAUUAAAUACAUGUAUAUUUUGAGAAUCUGAGUCAUUUUAAAUAAAGCCUAUAAUCUGAUGUAUUCCAGUGGAAGAGCAUAAGAACAGUACUGUCACUUCUUGUGAAUCUGUGACCUUUUACUUAUAAAUGUUGCACAAAAAAAACCCCAAAAACUUCUCAAUGCAUGAGUGUUAAAAUAACUGUAACUGGAAUAGUUUAUUUGUAACUCUUAUCAGCAUAAACAGCGUUAUCUGUU